GGUCGAAUUUUCGGCGAAAUUAAUGAAUUAAUUAAAACAAUAAUUAAUUAUUUAAUUAAAAAAUGGUUUCUUUUGUUUUUGUCGUGUUUUUCUUGACUUUCGAUUUAAUUGAUCCAACAGUGCGAUCAGAUCCACUUCCGUGUGCGACUUGUGGUAAAGGAAAAGACAAGACAUCAGAAGAAUCGGAAUUUCUUCCGCCUUUAGAUCCGAAAAUCGAAUUUCAAGACAGAAAAAACAAUUUGAAUGCGAAUUCAUAUUUCAAUUCCAAGAACUUUAAUCCGAUUCAAUCGUAUUCGACUGGCCUUGGUCACUUUGACCACUUUGACCAAUCGGGUGAGUCCGGCCACUCCGGUCACUCCGUUUGGCCAUUGGUCGUCACAAAGAACGUCCGUCUGCCCCCUCCCGCCUCUCAAAGCGAUGGAAACUCUGUGGACAUGAAAGCCUUGCCUUUAGUCAAAGAAAAUCAAAUUAUUUUUCUCGAAAAUCCGUUUUUCGAAUAAAAGACCGGAAAUGACGUCACAAUAAACACAUGUUUUUCUGGAAAAUGUUUUUCUCAUUUCUAAUCGUAUUUUUGGUGAAUCCGUCGCUCUAUUUGUCGGCCGAAUGUCCGCCAAUCUCGGAGACGACGGUCCGGGAGUUGUGUUCUCUUUCUCCGGACAAAGGCUUCGGUUCCGACGAUUUGUUCCGCUAUUACUUCAAUCCCGUGACUCAACUGUGUCUUCCGUUUUCGUUUUCGGGAAACGGAGGAAAUGCCAACCGAUUCCUCUCAGUCAAGAACUGUUACGACAUUUGCCAUCCGUUCGAUCCGGACGUCAAGAAACCACGUGUCGUUUCUGCAAUCAGAGCUUAUUUGAUCCCAAAUGACCGCAAAUGCAGUCCAAAGACUCG